AGCUCUAAUUUUUCCAAACUAACAAAACACGACGUGUCAAUUGCCGGAUUCGCAGGGAUUUAACGAUUUAAGCAUGCACACGGUAUUAACCAGAGGAAACGCCACGGUGGCGUACACACUGAGCGUCCUCGCUUGCCUCACAUUCAGUUGCUUCUUGUCCACUGUAUUCCUGGACUAUCGGACCGAUGCUAACAUCAACACGAUUCGGGUAUUGGUGAAGAAUGUCCCUGAUUACGGAGCUUCCCGGGAGAAGCACGACCUGGGCUUUGUUACAUUUGACCUGCAGACCAACCUCACCGGAAUCUUUAACUGGAAUGUGAAGCAGUUGUUCCUUUAUUUGACCGCUGAGUACCAGACUCCUGCCAACCAGCUCAACCAGGUUGUGCUAUGGGACAAGAUCAUCCUGCGCGGUGAGAACGCCGUGCUUGACUUCAAGAACAUGAACACCAAGUACUACUUCUGGGACGAUGGAAAUGGUCUUAAGGACAACCGCAACGUAUCGCUGUACCUCUCAUGGAACAUCAUUCCCAAUGCCGGACUCCUGCCCUCUGUUCAGGCUACCGGAAAGCAUCUCUUCAAGUUCCCAACCGACUACGCCACCUCAUCCAUUUAGAUUUAGGACUAAAGCUAAUCGAAGCAAGUUCCAAUCGGGUUCUGUAUUUUAUAGUUUGUAUCUAAUAAAACCCCAAAUAAAAUCUCUUUGUAAAGAAUUGGGUAUAACUGAA